UGUAUUCUUUGAUCUUUCUGAACCCUCAAAUAUAAAAAAAAGAAUUCUCUCCAACUACUCAAAAUAAAACCCCAAAAAAAAUCAAGAAACAGGGGGAAGGGACAAAGAAGCAGAGGCAGUCGCCAUGGCCGUCAUCCCGCCGGCGACAGAGUUCGGAGAUCUAUGCGACGAAAUCGCCGAAACCAUCUUCUCUUUCGCCCCCCUGGAAUCCCUAGCGACUGGAGACCGUUUCCAAAUCAUGGCGGCAGUUGAUUGCCAGAGUCCGGCUGCCCCACCCGCCCGCCACGGACUCCGGUCUCGUUCUCCACCUCUGGUCCAUCGGAGGCGCCGGAAUCUCUCAAAAAUCCGUCUUCUUGAAGCUGCACUACCCCCACAACGCCGAGCUCUGCACCGUCGACUCCUCCGCCCCGAACAAAUUCCCCUUCUUGAUCGAUUCAUGCAACGGGUUAAUCCUCUACGGCGCCUUGGACGACAAAAAGACUUGGAAUUACAUCGUACAUUCCCAGAAACAGGGGAUGCUCUUGAAUUCAGAAACGAGGAGGGAGACGGGGUGAGAGUGACUGUGGGGAAUUCCAUAAGGUCCUCUGGGUUCAAUGAGGAUUUGCAGAUUCUGUAUAUUCAUGUGGUUGUGUGCAAGAAAAUCGUAGGAGCUGGGCUAGGCCAGCAACACCACCUGGCUUGCUGGAUUUGGGAUUGGCUUUGGUCUCUGAAGAAGAUAUGCUGGGAAUUUCUUGUUGCUGGGUCUGAGCAAGGCAUUGAAGCUGGACAAGUUGGACUUAGAUUAAUUAUCAAGGGCGAUAGACAAACUACAGUCUCAAAGGAGUGGAGUGUAGGUGCGAGCAACAUUGUUGAUGGAAGGUGGCAUAUAGUUACAUUGACUGUAGAUGGUAAUUUUGAUGGCUAUCAGACAGGGCUACCACUGCAUACUGGUAGUUGCGUAUGGGAGCAAGGAACAGAGGUCUGGGUGGGUAUACGACCACCUAUUGAUCUUGACGCAUUUGGGAGGUCGGAUAGUGAAGCAGCUGAUUCUAAGAUGCAGAUAAUGGAUGUAUUUCUUUGGGGAAGGUGCUUAACUGAAGAUGAGAUUGCCACUCUUCCUGGUGCAAUUGUUACUGCAGAGUAUAAUAUGAUCAAUCUAUUAGAUGAUAAUUUUCAAUGGACAGAUUCUCCAACUAGGGUCGAUGACUGGGAGAGCGACCCUGCAGAUGUUGUGGAUUGGGACGGGCAGUAUUCAAGUGGGAGGAGAAGGAGAUCUGAACGGGAUGGUGUUGUUGUAUUGGAUGUUGAUUUGUUUACGAGAAGGUUGAGGAAACCAUCAUUGGAGACCCAGGAAGAAAUGAAUCAACGCAUGCGCUCAGUUGAAAUGGCUGUGAAGGAGGCUCUUUUGGCAAGGGGAGAAUCCCAAUUCACAGAUCAAGAAUUCCCCCCUGGUGACCGAUCAUUAUUUGUUGAUCCAGAUAACCCUCCUCCAAAACUGCAGGUUGUUGCUGCAUGGAUGAGGCCCAUUGAAAUAGUUGAAGAGAAUCAGCUUGUUUCUGGUCCGUGCCUGUUUUCUGGAGCCGCAAAUUCUUCAGAUGUUUGCAAGGGACGACUGGGUGAUUGUUGGUUUCUGAGUGCAGUUGCUGUUUUAACUGAGGUUUCACGAAUAUCGGAAGUUAUAAUUACACCUGAAUACAAUGAGGAAGGAAUAUACACAGGGGAACGGGUUCCUGUUGUUAUUGAUGAUUGGAUUCCCUGUGAGUCACCUGGUAAACCUGCAUUUGCCACCAGCAGGAAGAAAAAUGAAUUGUGGGUCUCUAUCUUGGAAAAAGCUUAUGCUAAGCUUCAUGGUUCGUAUGAGGCAUUGGAAGGUGGACUUGUCCAAGAUGCUCUUGUUGAUGUUACUGGGGGCGCGGGUGAGGAAAUUGAUAUGAGAAGUACUGAAGCACAGAUCGAUCUUGCUAGUGGAAGGUUAUGGUCUCAAGUGUUACGGUUCAAUCAAGAAGGUUUUCUACUUGGUGCUGGUAGUCCUUCCGGUUCAGAUGUGCAUAUUUCUUCGAGUGGUAUUGUUCAAGGCCAUGCCUACUCAGUAUUGCAGGUACGAGAAGUAGAUGGUUAUAAACUUGUUCAGAUCAGAAACCCAUGGGCAAAUGAGGUUGAGUGGAAUGGUCCUUGGUCUGAUUCAUCGCCUGAAUGGACAGACAGGAUGAAACACAAGCUCAAACAUGUCCCCCAGGCAAAAGAUGGCAUAUUCUGGAUGUCUUGGCAAGACAAGGCUUUUGUUGGUGCAUCCGUUGGUUACUUCCCAUUUCUUUUCCUACUAGCUGGAAGGGCAUUGUCUAUUGUGGGAAAAACGUCAGCUAUUGAAGGAUGGCGUGUAGUUGCAAGUUUGAAAAUCUAUCCCCCUUUCGCUGGAGCUGCUGUUUCAGCAGAUACCCUUGUCGUAGCUUUUGGAUUCGCUGUCUCUCGCCCUUGUUUGACUCUCGAGACCAGAAACGCUUUAUCUGGAACUUACUCUGCUCCACAGAGGUCUGCCAGCUCAGCUGCUCUUUUGGUUGGGGAUCCUGCUGUAAUUCGAGAUAAAGGAGGGAAUUUUGUACUUCCUAGGGCUGAUGUCAUGAAAUUAAGAGAUCGUUUGAGAAAUGAAGAAUUAGCUGCUGGAUCUCUUAUGUCUAGGUUGAGAAACAACACCCUGCGGCACGAAGCUAUAACUGAUAUAGGUCACAAAAGAGAAAUGUGUGCUCAUGCCAGAAUACUAGCUCUGGAAGAAGCAAUUGACACUGAAUGGGUUUACAUGUGGGAUAAGUUUGGUGGUUAUUUACUUCUUUUACUUGGUUUGACGUCUAAAGCUGAACGUGUACAGUUAUAUAAUGGAGAAAGAGAUGGAAGAAGAAAUAUUGAUGCAGAGACGCGAAGAGGAAGGAAGGGGGGUAAAGAGAGGAGGAGAGCUCUUCUGGAGAAAGAAGAACACAAAUGGAAAGAGAUAGAAGCUUCUCUUAUGUCAUCUAUUCCCAAUGCUGCCAACAGAGAAGCAGAAGCAGUAGCAGCUGCUGUUCGUGCAGUUGGAGGUGAUUCCGGUUUUGAUGAUUCUUUUGCUCGUGAGAGAGUUUCAAGCAUUGCACGCCGCAUACGUGCAGGCCAGUUAUCUCAGCGAGCACUCCAGACUAGACUUAGUGGCGCUGUAUUUAUUCUUGAUGAUGAGCCUACUACCAGCGGCAGACAUUGUGGACCCGUGGAUCUCAGUGUUUGUUGUGGUAAUAGAGUUAGCGUUUCUAUUGCUGUCAUGGUGCAGCUGGACUCGGGACCAGUUUGUCUCUUGGGUUCUGAAUUGCAGAAGAAGAUAUGCUGGGAGUUUCUUGUUGCUGGGUCUGAGCAAGGCAUUGAAGCUGGACAAGUUGGACUUAGAUUAAUUACCAAGGGCGAUAGACAAACUACAGUCUCAAAGGAGUGGAGUGUAGGUGCGAGCAACAUUGCUGAUGGAAGGUGGCAUAUAGUUACAUUGACUGUAGAUGCUGAUUUAGGUGAAGUAUCUUGCUAUCUAGAUGGUAAUUUUGAUGGCUAUCAGACAGGGCUACCACUGCAUACUGGUAGUUGCGUAUGGGGAGCAAGGAACAGAGGUCUGGGUGGGUGCUUAACUGAAGAUGAGAUUGCCACUCUUCCUGGUGCAAUUGUUACUGCAGAGUAUAAUAUGAUCAAUCUGUUAGAUGAUAAUUUUCAAUGGACAGAUUCUCCAACUAGGGUUGAUGACUGGGAGAGCGACCUGCAGAUGUUGACCUUUAUGACAGAGAUGAUGUGGAUUGGGACGGACAGUAUUCAAGUGGGAGGAGAAGGAGAUCUGAAUGGGAUGGUGUUGUUGUAUUGGAUGUUGAUUCAUUUACGAGAAGUUGAAAUGGCUGUGAAGGAGGCUCUAUUGGCAAGGGGAGAAUCCCAAUUCACAGAUCAAGAAUUCCCCCCUGGUGACCGCUCAUUAUUUGUUGAUCCAGAUAACCCUCCUUCAAAACUGCAGGUUGUUGCUGCAUGGAUGAGGCCCAUUGAAAUAGUUGAAGAGAAUCAGCUUGUUUCUGGUCCGUGCCUGUUUUCUGGAGCCGCAAAUUCUUCAGAUGUUUGCAAGGGACGACUGGGUGAUUGUUGGUUUCUGAGUGCAGUUGCUGUUUUAACUGAGGUUUCACGAAUAUUGGAAGUUAUAAUUACACCUGAAUACAAUGAGGAAGGAAUAUACACAGUUCGUUUCUGUAUUCAGGGGGAAUGGGUUCCUGUUGUUAUUGAUGAUUGUAUUCCCUGUGAGUCACCUGGUAAACCUGCAUUUGCCACCAGCAGGAAGAAAAAUGAAUUGUGGGUCUCUAUCUUGGAAAAAGCUUAUGCUAAGCUUCAUGGUUCGUAUGAGGCAUUGGAAGGUGGACUUGUCCAAGAUGCUCUUGUUGAUGUUACUGGGGGCGCGGGUGAGGAAAUUGAUAUGAGAAGUACUGAAGCACAGAUCGUUCUUGCUAGUGGAAGGUUAUGGUCUCAAGUGUUACGGUUCAAUCAAGAAGGUUUUCUACUUGGUGCUGGUAGUCCUUCCGGUUCAGAUGUGCAUAUUUCUUCGAGUGGUAUUGUUCAAGGCCAUGCCUACUCAGUAUUGCAGGUACAAGAAGUAGAUGGUUAUAAACUUGUUCAGAUCAGAAACCCAUGGGCAAAUGAGGUUGAGUGGAAUGGUCCUUGGUCUGAUUCAUCGCCUGAAUGGACAGACACAGACAGGAUGAAACACAAGCUCAAACAUGUCUCCCAGGCCCACUACACUAAUUUCAAUCUUGGCCCAGACCACCAAAUUGAGCCCAAUCUCCAAUCCAAGCAAAGAAAAAAAAAGGCUGACCACUGCUUUGUCUGCACGUUCUCCUUCCCCUUUUAUUUUCUCAGCACUGAGAUCUUGAAACUGGACGGCGGCAACACGCACUGUGCGCGACUAUGCGAAGGUGGCUGCUCCUUACUGUGCGGCGGCCUUUACCUGGACGACGGCGACUCGCGAUCUGCGUGGCGGUUCUCCUUCUCAAACCAGCGGCGUCAAUCUGAGGACGACGGCGACUCCUCAACGCGGCGCGGCUCCUCAACUCAGCGGCGGCGGCGGCAGGUGUCUCAGAGCGACUCUCCCUCAGCGGCUCAGACCUGCGCGCGGCUAUCAGCGGCGGCGAGUUCAAUCUCGGAUCCGGACGGCUGCCAAGGCGGCUCCAAUGCUCGGAUCGGCACGGCUGCGACGGUGGUGACAAGUACUCAAUCAUUCAAUGCUCGGGACUCCUUAGAUGUUCAGGUUCAGUUCAAGUCAUCUUCAGUCUACUCUGACUCCUUGGAGGGAGCAACAUUUCUCUUAGUUCUCCUCCUUCUAGUUCUAGCUAUCGGUGCAAUUCAUUAUUGGGCCUCACAUAAUUUCUAUCUGACAAGGGUUCAGAUGCUAGUUGUUUGUUUUCUAGCAUUUCUUGUGGCUUUGGUGGCCUUUCUUGUUGGAUGGUUUCAAGACAAGGCUUUUGUUGGUGCAUCCGUUGGUUACUUCUCAUUUCUUUUCCUACUAGCUGGAAGGGCAUUGUCUACCAGAAACGCUUUAUCUGGAACUUACUCUGCUCCCCAGAGGUCUGCCAGCUCAGCUGCUCUUUUGGUUGGCGAUCCUGCUGUAAUUCGAGAUAAAGGAGGGAAUUUUGUACUUCCUAGGGCUGAUGUCAUGAAAUUAAGAGAUCGUUUGAGAAAUGAAGAAUUAGCUGCUGGAUCUCUUAUGUCUAGGUUGAGAAAUAAGACCCUGCGGCACGAAGCUAUAACUGAUAUAGGUCACAAAAGAGAAAUGUGUGCUCAUGCCAGAAUACUAGCUCUGGAAGAAGCAAUUGACACUGAAUGGGUUUACAUGUGGGAUAAGUUUGGUGGUUCUUUACUUCUUUUACUUGGUUUGACGUCUAAAGCUGAACGUGUACAGGUUCGUUUAAGACUUUUCCUCGACAGCAUAGGAUUGCCUGAUCUCAGUGCUAAGGAUAUCAAAAAGUGGCUACCAGAGGAACAUAGGCGAUUUGAACUUAUACAAGAGAGUUAUAUAAUGGAGAAAGAGAUGGAAGAAGAAAUAUUGAUGCAGAGACGCGAAGAGGAAGGAAGGGGUAAAGAGAGGAGGAGAGCUCUUCUGGAGAAAGAAGAACGCAAAUGGGAAGAGAUAGAAGCUUCUCUUAUGUCAUCUAUUCCCAAUGCUGGCAACAGAGAAGCAGCAGCAGUAGCAGUUGCUGUUCGUGCAGUUGGAGGUGAUUCCGUUUUUGAUGAUUCUUUUGCUCGUGAGAGAGUUUCAAGCAUUGCACGCCGCAUACGUGCAGGCCAGUUAUCUCAGCGAGCACUCCAGACUGGACUUAGUGGCGCUGUAUUUAUUCUUGAUGAUGAGCCUACUACCAGCGGCAGACAUUGUGGACCCGUGGAUCUCAGUGUUUUUUGUAGUAAUAGAGUUAGCGUUUCUAUUGCUGUCAUGGUGCAGCUGGACUCGGGACCAGUUUGUCUCUUGGGUUCUGAAUUGCAGAAGAAGAUAUGCUGGGAGUUUCUUGUUGCUGGGUCUGAGCAAGGCAUUGAAGCUGGACAAAUUGGACUUAGAUUAAUUACCAAGGGCGAUAGACAAACUACAGUCUCAAAGGAGUGGAGUGGACGACUGGGUGAUUGUUGGUUUCUGAGUGCAGUUGCUGUUUUAACUGAGGUUUCACGAAUAUCGGAAGUUAUAAUUACACCUGAAUACAAUGAGGAAGGAAUAUACACAGUUCGUUUCUGUAUCCAGGGGGAAUGGGUUCCUGUUGUUAUUGAUGAUUGGAUUCCCUGUGAGUCACCUGGUAAACCUGCAUUUGCCACCAGCAGGAAGAAAAAUGAAUUGUGGGUCUCUAUCUUGGAAAAAGCUUAUGCUAAGCUUCAUGGUUCGUAUGAGGCAUUGGAAGGUGGACUUGUCCAAGAUGCUCUUGUUGAUGUCACUGGGGGCGCGGGUGAGGAAAUUGAUAUGAGAAGUACUGAAGCACAGAUCGAUCUUGCUAGUGGAAGGUUAUGGUCUCAAGUGUUACGGUUCAAUCAAGAAGGUUUUCUACUUGGUGCUAGGGGUGGACACGGUACGGUUCCGGUAUGGUUCCGGUUCCGGAACCGCCGGUUCCGGUACCGCCACCCCAUUUCACCGGAACCGUCACCGUGCCGGACGGUACCGGUUCCGGUUCCCGGACCGGCGGUUCCGGUUCUGGACCGGCCGUUGGUUGGUAAACAUGAGAAAAAGUAAGAGUUGCGUUAUUAAAAACUUCUAAUACGGCAUUCAAUUUUUCAACAAUAACAAAUUCAAAAGGAUCAAUGAUUAUACGAAGUUCAUCCCUAAAAAAUUCAGCAAGUUCCUCUUUAUAUUUUAGAAUCUGAUGAAUCAAUUUGUAUGUACUAUUCCAUCUAAUGUGGAUAUCUUUGGCAAAAACUAUUU